CCACUCGAUCCUGGUUGUUUCAAAACCGAAUUAAAUCGACGAAAGCGUUGAGUUCAACAAGAUACAUCGCAUAGAGCUGUGAAAAAAUCCAUCUAGCGGUAUCGGAAUGUGAUUCUUCCGCGUGUCAAAUCGUAUGGACUCAAUUCCAUCAACACUUUGUCUCCCACGAGAAUCUUGACGAAAUUCUUCCGAAUCUUUCCACUAAUGGUGGCUAGGACAGGCUCUUGGGUAUCUGGCGCAUUAUCGAUGGCGCAACGAAACAUGGCAUUUGGUAGACUUUCCAAAACUACCCCGUCCACUUCAAUCACAUCAUCCUUUGGCUUCUUUACUCUUGUCUUCUUCUUCUUCGACUCGUUUCCCUGGGCUCUGGCUGCUUUCUUUCCAAACAGUGCAGUUGUCGACAUAGAGCAACUGGCGUUUUCAACCACCGGAGUCUGGACACCAUGGUUUACAAUUUGACGAAUACCUCCGUUUGAAGCUCCAAUCGUCGUGAAACCCUGAACACACGCAUUGGCGAGGAUCGCAAAUAGUGCAAUGAGAAUAUUUGUUAGCUUGUGCAUCUUAUUUCAAUUUCCUCUUCGGUCUAAUAAUACUAAUCUAUUUCA